AUGUAUACUUUAAUAUUAUUAUUAUUAUUAUUAUCAUGUACCUUUAUAACAGCCCAAGAACCUGAAAUACUAUCCAUCUCAUAUGGAGUAAACGUUGGAGUGAUAUAUGGAAAUAACCUUGACCCUACUAGUUUAUUAACUGUCAGUGUAGGUUAUCCAUGGACUCCAGGGGUAAAUGGUUACGAUCUACAGGUUAAUUAUGAGAACUAUCUCCACAAUGUCACUUUCUUUUAUACCGAUGAAGUGCCACUCUAUGGCCGCAUAGCAUAUAUGGCCAGUAAUCGUCAGUACUAUCAAAUAGAUUUGAAGUGGACACCUAUAUACGUGAAUUCCGCAACAAAGGUGCCAACACAAGGCGGUGACAUCACUCUCAGUGGCGCAACUUUGAACUCCUAUAUGGGGAAAUCAAACUGGUUGACCUUUGAUCAAUAUGGAAUUCAGUUCCAAGCCGAUGCCAAUAGCGUGACACCCUACAUUAACAUAUUCCACCUUGGUCCAACCAACAUCUCUGGCAACAAAAUCAAGGCCACCAUCAAAGGUUACCCAUUCGAUCAGGGUGUCAUAAGGAAUCAAUCACUCACAUUAUCCGUAGCUCCGCCAUAUAUUGAUCAAGUCUUGAUUGAUGGAAACAACAACAUUCAGAUCAAUGGUGGUAGUUUCAGCUCUAAUGUGUCGUUUGUCACUGUAUUGGUCGAUGGAUAUCAAAUGUUGAUCACUGGGUUCACUGCACACUACAACAUCACUCUUGGAUACAAUCAGAAUUCAACAUAUCCACUCAACUCCACAUACUUCAACAUGCCAGGUGUCAAGUCCUUCACUGUAAUAGUCGAUGGCCUGGCAUCUGAGAUCCCAUACAAUAUAUCUAUACGCCCUAUCAUCAGUAAAGUGUCUAGUGUGUCCAGUGCUACUGGAGGCGUGGUCACGAUCUAUGGACCAAACUUGUCAAAGACAAAUUGGAAUGGUUCACCAAUAACUGUUAUUAUAUCAUUGGGCAAGUUGACAUGUGACUAUAACUCUUCACUUCCAUCACCUCCUGGAUCAUUGCCAUGUACCGCACCUGCUUCUCCAGGUAUCAUACAGACUGACCAGGGUGCCCCAGUGGACCUGAUCAUCAAUGGCAUUGUGGGUAACCAUAAUGUAUACUUCUUGUAUGAUAAUCCAACACUCGACACAACGCCAUUCCAGUUUGGUCAGUUGAUUGGUAUCGCUGGAGACUUCCUUGGCAACAUCAGCGACAUCACAACAACCAAAGUAACAAUCAACAACAAUCAAACAUUGGCGCCACUCACAAUCAAGAAGCGACAAUUUGAUGGACGCCAGGUGUUGGUCUUUGCUGUCCCUGAUGGCACUGCACUUGGAACCACGCUCAACCUGACCAUCACCAACAACUUCAAUCACACAUCACUUGUGUCAUAUGUUGUGAUCCAAGGGAUGAAUGUCGUUGUGGCUGAUGCCCCGGUCGAUGGUGGCCCCGUGAGCAUCACUGGCACGCCGGCUGACAUGUUCAAGAAUGUGCAUCUGGGUGAUAUUGCCAUCACUCAAUGUGUCUCGAUCCCAGGCAUUGACGCAACUGGAAUCAAGUGUAUACUGCCCAAGGGUACAGGCAAGAAUCACUCAUUAUCCAUUGCCUACAUGGAGGCCGCCACGCAAGCCUUCAAAGAUGUAUCCUACCGUUAUGGUCCACCCGUGAUCAUUAGUGCCACUAGUGUCGACUUGAAUGGAGGUUCAAUCACCAUCAUUGGACAAAACUUUGCCACCGUUGCCGACCUCGCUGUGAGCAUUGGCAGUGUCAAGUGCACUCAGGUCAAAGUGAUCAACUCACAAACAUUGACAUGUACGUUGAACAAGGAUGACCUGCCCUCGCCACUACCAAUCGACCAAGUCCAAACCAUCAAUGUAACAGUCUCAGAACAACAAGGCUCCGCCACCGUGUUCCAAUACAGUAAGCCAACCGUCGCGCCCUCUACAACUGGCAACCCAAGCCAUGGCAACAAACUCUCAGCCACCACUGUAAUACUAUCAACUAUUUGCACUCUAUCUCUUGUUGUCCUAUACAUG